CGCUGGCUGUGGGAGUCCCCCCGGAGGGUGAGCAGGUCCCCUGGCAAGGAAGCCUGAGGGAAGAACGUGGCGACGGUCGUGGCUUUUUCGGGGCCUUGAGAGACACGCACGAGGCGCGACUCUAAGGCUGCUUUCGCGCCCGUUUUGUGCCGUUUGUCAGCGAAGCGGGAGAGCGCGAGAAGAGGAAUUCCUUCCCCUCCUUCCCAAAGGGGCGCGUUGCAAGCCGAAGUGGGCCUCUUUCCUUCCCCUUUAACUGUUCACCUGGACGCCCAGUUUUCUCGGGGGAGGCGGUAGGCUUAUGGGCCUUUCGCUGUAGAGGAAAACCUUCGCCCCGGUGGCAGACAUCCCCAAGAACAAGCGUUUAGUGCGGAAGCUCAUCAAGUAUGGAGAGAAGCAGAUAUUUCACCCCUAUCUUUUCGGCAUCAUUGUCUGAUGCUCUGUGACGUCCAAGGACACAUUCACUUUUUAAGGAUAAAGAUAAGAAAAAUGGUUUCAUUGAAAGGCAAAGUUCAGACCGUGCUAGGCCUUAUAGAGCCUAGCCAGCUUGGUUUCACCAUGACCCAUGAACACUUGACGAUGAACUACAGUUGCUGUUAUUACCCACCUCCUUCAGGCCAGGAAGCAUUGUCUGAUCAACCCAUUGAAAUGAAAAAUUUGUUUUGGCUUAAGCAGAAUCCUUACAGUCAUAAAGAGAAUCUUCUCCUGUGUCAGGAGACGGAUGCGGUGAGGGAAGAACUGUUGCGCUAUAAGGCUGCAGGUGGUGGGACGAUAGUGGAAAACACAACCACUGGGAUCAAACGAGACUUGAAGAUGCUUAAACAGCUUUCAGAAGAAACUGGUGUCCAUGUUAUUGCUGGAGCUGGUUUUUAUGUGGAUGCCACGCAUUCUACUGAAACACGAGCAAUGUCUGUGGAGCAGUUGACAGAGGUUAUUGUUAAUGAAGUUAUCAAUGGAGCGGAUGGAACCAACAUCAAGUGUGGUGUAAUAGGAGAAAUUGGAUGCUCUUGGCCUCUAACAGAGAGUGAAAACAAAGUACUUCAAGCCACCGCACACGCCCAGUCACAGCUCGGCUGCCCUGUUAUAAUCCAUCCUGGCAGGCAUAGUGAUUCUCCUUUCCAGAUCAUUCGGAUUAUGCAGGAAGCUGGGGCAGAUAUCUCCAAAACGGUCAUGUCUCACAUGGACAGGACUAUAUUUGAUGAGAAGAAGCUGUUGGAGUUUGCAAAACUUGGAUGCUACUUAGAGUAUGACCUUUUUGGAACAGAAUUCAUUUUCUACCAAAUGAAUCCUGAAAUUGAUAUGCCAAGUGACAAUGAGAGGAUUUUAAGGGUUCGGAUGUUGAUUGAUGAAGGCUAUGAAGACAAAGUUGUAGUUGCUCAUGACAUACACACGAAGAAUAGACUGAAGAAAUAUGGAGGCCAUGGCUAUUCCCAUAUCCUUGAAAACAUAGUCCCCAAAAUGUUAGUUAGAGGCAUAUCACAAAAUAAAAUUGAUAAAUUAUUGAUAGAGAAUCCCAAACAGUGGCUGACCUUUAAGUAGGAAAAACAAGUAUGGGUAUACAACUUGAGAAGUUGCUAAGGUUAUAUUUGCUACCACAAAAAUGGUAAUUUGAAGCACUAAUUCUUUGGAGAAACCAGUAAAAAUCACGUUCCCACAAAUUUGGCGGACUUCCUUUUACAGUACAGCAGGCAUCCUUUCCAGUGUGCCAAGCCAUUCUUGGCAUUGCAUUUUCAGGUGCUGAUUUAAAAUAAAACACAACUUUUAACUAUAGCAUUUGUUGCUUAUUAAGUGGAGAAGAGUCAUUUAACUUUGCCUCAUACAAUGUAAAGGCUUGUAUCCUACCACAUCACUCAACAAAAUUUUAAGCUUUCCUGUGAUUUCAGUCAGAGGAAACCUGGAAGAACACUUUAAACUUUGCUGAGCAGAGUGGUAGGAUACAAGCUUAAAUCUUUCUAAAAUUGCCACAGCUGCUUUUAAAAAACAAACAAACACCAAGGGACAUCCAUGCAGUGCUCCUGCAGACACACUGACAGCCUUCAUGACAUGUUAACUGUGCAGAAGCUAAGGCUGGUGGACCAGUGAUGAAGGCUGCUGUUGUUUCCGGAGGCAAUACUGCUGGAACAUAACCCUGGGAUACAGAGAUCCUUAUGUACAUAUCCUGACAGUAUAAUCCUAAACACAUACUUUUUGGGAUUGCACUGAAAAACACUUAGGUAUAUGCAUGGGAAUUUCCCUUCCCCCUCUCUUCUGUAGUUCCUUGAGAAGGGCCAGAUGCCACUCCAGUCAGUUUCCUGGUCUUUACAAGCAGCAGUCUAUAGGGUGCCAAGGAGUGCUGUCGAAAGCGGGGGUCGGGGGGAGGUCUAAAAGAUCUCUGUCUGUACACAGAAGCCACAGUCUUUUGGCUCUCUCCCUCUAUGAGCAACUGAGUUAAGCACAUAAACUUAAAGCUUUCCAAGUAAUGAUCUCAAAUACUUAAAAUAUUUUAGUCUUAAAGAUUUAUCAGUUGUAUUACUUCAGGAAGGUCACAGCCCAAUCAUACGCAUGUUUAUUUAGAAGUCCCAUUAGCUUAAAUGUACAUAGGAUUGCAACUGUAAGUGGCAAUCCAUUAAUUGACUUAAUUUGAAAUGAUUUAAUAUUAAAAACUGAUGUUACCGCUAGUUGUACAGAUAUAGUUUAACACUUAAGGAUAUUUUAAAAGUCACAUUUAAAUAACCUCUGUAUAAAAUGGAAAUGAUAAUUGAAAUCAAAGACAGCAAUUGUACUCAGGUACACUUACUCAAAGGAAAGUGUUCUUAGGAUUGCGCUGUAAAAGCGCUAUAAGGAGAAUUUAAUGAAUGAAAAAAUACUACAAUAGCAUUAAAAGAAUGGAUUGGAAAAUAUAUGCUCAUUUGAAGAACUCUUAAUAUCCACUGACCACAAUGCACUUGUGAGCAUUAAAUUGCACUGAAAUCUGUGGUCACAGUACUGCAGUACUGCAGAUUCAACAGGCUUACAGGCUUCAGUCAGAAGGCUUCUAUAAAUCAAACCUAUUGUACCUCAGUGUGGCCCUUAAUUUUAUAAACCUUUUCAUGGAAUCAGAGCAAUGGUGUUAGGUUCACUGUUCCUGUUUUAGAAAAUUUUGUAAUGCAAAUCAUUGUGAAGAAAAAUACCAAAAGCCAAAAUAAGUAAUACAGUUUAAUGAGCUGUUAGCACAAAGCCCAUGAUUUACAAAUCAGUUUUUUUCAAGAUAGAAUUUUUUAAAAAAAACUUUUAUUCUUUUCUGUGGACCUAAACAGAGAGAAAUGCUGACUUAUCUAAAGAAAAGGUCCUAUCUGUUAAAAAUGGCAAUCUAAUGACAAGGGUUUAUUAUACUUUAAAAUGUGCCCAGCUUUAGAUAUCCUGUGGCAAUGGAAUCCCUGCAUUACUCAUAUGAAUUGUGGAUAUCUAGCUAUAGCCUGCAGUUGACUUGGCCUCUUUUGCACGUGUUUAAAGAAUUGCACACAUUUGUUGAGGGCCUUUUUCCACUUUCAAUACUCUACACAGCAUCACCAGCAGCAAUUGAAAUCUCCUGAAUGUCAAAAGCAGGAAUUGCUGUUCUGAAAGAUAGCUCUUAGACAGAGGUGUACCCAGUCACUACCUCUCUGUAAUAAUGACUAGCGCCUGUUUUGCUACCAACCAACGUAUACUGCAGAGACAGGCAAUGGCAAACCACCUCUUGUUAGUCUCUUGCCAUGAAAACCCCAUCAGGGGUCGCCAUGAGUCAGCUAUGACUUGACAGCACUCUCCACCACCAAUUUAUACUGAGCGUCCUGCCUGUAUCAAGUGCAAUGGAUUUGUAUGUUCUGUCAAAGAUACCAUAUGCUUACACUAAAUUUAUUUUUUUAAAAAAAUCAGUGCAUUAUAUAUUGAUGCCAUAGUUGGGACUAAUUUAGCCAGAAUCACAUUGUCUAGUGAAAAUUUCUAAAUAAGUGAUUGAUUUUGUGAAAUAUUAGGAACUGGAUGGCUUGGGGGAGGGAAUCAAAGAAAUUCAACAAUUUGUGAGUGGAUUUUCUGUCUUUAAUAGCUGACUUACAAAUGUCUAGAUUAUGAAAGAAGAGAAUGAUAUUUGGGGUAUUUGAGCAAAUAAUAAAUCUGAUUUUCAAACUGUUUGUAGCAGAAUCUAUUAAAAGGAGAAGUCAGAUGCCUGGA